UCCGAAAUAAUAUUUUCUUUUUUUGUUUUCUUUCCCUCCCGAGAAACCUUACAAUAAAUUUCAUGAAUUGAAUCUCUCCUCUGAAAAACAAAAGGAAAGAUUUUCACCAUAAAUCGAGCGAAACCUUGAGCGUUGCGCCUCCCUUUUCUUUGUCUGCGCUCAUUAGGGUUUUUCUCAUUUAAAAGGAGCAAGAUGGAGUGAAUGCAAGAUUUUCUUGAAAGAAAUUCAAGAUAAAGAUAAUUUGUUUUUGGCCAAUACCCAUUUGCCUUUUCCGUUAAAAUCAUUAAGCUUUGUUUGCAUGUGUGAUUCCCAAGAACUUCAUUGCUAUUAUGUCAAAAGAUAGAAAUGUUUCCAGUGAACACAAUAGAGAUGGACCUGAUUACUUUGGUUACUAUAAAUGUCAAGCUCAAAAGCUAUUAACACAAGUUGAGGAUUUUCAGCUAUUUACUUCCUCUAAAAGUUCCGAUUUUUCUGGAAAAAAGUCUUCCGAAGAUAGAGGGGAGAGUGAUUUUGUAGCUCCUUGUUCUCUAUUUAGUAAUGGAGUAGGAGAUGAGCUAUCUGAUUUCAAAAGAGAAAGAUUGAAGACAUUGCUUCUUCAGGGUGUAAAUAGUCUUACUCCAGAAGUCAAUGAGAUGCUAUAUCCUGUUCAACAAAUGCGGGAGAUUCGAAUGCAUCGAAGAAACAGGAAAAAUUCAUCAAGCUUAAGUGUAGCACCAAAAAAUGGUGACACUGGCCAAUCUCCUCUAAAGAAACAUAAAAUUUCUCAUUUAACCCCUAAAGUUGCAAGUCCAAUUAAUCCUGGAUCAAAUGAUUCUAAUAAGAUUUCUGUCAAUGGGACAACUGGUCCAGAAGAGUCUAAGGUGAACGGUGAUGAUAAUCGACAGCUCCUGAUAGAAAAUGAUGGCCCAGAGGUUGACAACAUUUUGAAGGGUGUUUCUGAUGAGUUAUCUUCAAAACUGGGGUACAUGGACCAGCAGCUUGAACAACUUCUUAAUAUCGCAGUGUCCGUGUGCAGCUUAAACAGAACGCUUUCUAUCAUUACAGUCCGUCAUGUGAAUUUAGCUGUGAUGUGCAGGCCAAUGACCAUUCCUGAGAAGAAACAACUUCAAAAGAUGAUUAAGGGGUUGCCACCUAAAAAUCUUGACCGUGUUGUGGAGCUUGUAGAACAUGCAGAGAAAAAACCUGCUGAUGAAAUUAAAGUAGAUCUUGAAAAGGAGAGUAACAUAACACUUUGGAGAUUGUAUUACUAUGUUCAAGCAGUUGAGAAAGCUAGGUUGCUCUCGCAGUAGAUAUCAGCAUGCACGUCUCUACGAAAACCGAUGAAAAUAGUUACUAAUUGUAAAAGACUUAGAACUAAGCUUUUGUUGGGUGGUAGUGCCAACAUUUUUUUUAGGAAUAGUGAAGUUAGGAAAAUGAGUCUAUAGUUUUGAUGAUUUUUGGCUUGAACACAAGCCAAAAGAGUACAUUAUUUUGGGAAGUACCUACUGAGUUUAGUGUAUAGACCUCUGAUGACUUUUCAUAUGUGCUUGGCAGUCAUGCUUUGCGCUGUACAGAUUUUUGGAUAAAGGUUAUCACAAGUUCAUAUCUUCUAUUGUAAAGUACAAUUUUCACUUAGAGUGAAAUGUUAACAAGGAUGUUUCAAUUCA